AUGUCUGAAACAUCGUCGAAGCCAGAUGGCAAAGAACCAAUGGCGAAAAGGGGCAGAAAAGAGUCGGGUAUGUCAACAGAGCAGGAGUUCCUGCAACAGGCCACAAGACGUAGCGAAAGCAGAGGGCGUCAAUCUAUGCAUCCAAGGUCAAAACAUAACAACAGGGACGAUUUUCUCGCAUUGGCACGUGUAUACCCGGUACUGAAGAGGCAUAUGGUACCCAACCCAAAGUGGAAGUCACCCAUGCCAAAACAUCUCAUGUAUCACUAUGACUUCACACACCCAGAUGCUGUUUACCAUCUCUCCAAGGCAAUUUUAAGUAGUGUCUACAGCAUAGACUUCUACCUGCCCUGCGGAUGCCCAAACAGUUCUUGUGAUCCGUAUCUUCAAACAGAGUGCGGAGAUGAGGAAUGCGAUUCAUCUGCGCGCGACUCAGAUACAUUCGAAAUCCAGAGGUAUCUGGCACCGUGUGUUCCUGGCAGGGCCAAUUACAUACACUAUGUCGCCGAUUUGCUACACCUCGCAUACAAUUUUCCCGAUCCACCACCAGAUGGACUCGAGACUAUCAAACCCGAUGCAACAACGCUAAAAAGAGAAUCAAUUCUAAGAGGAGAACAGAUCAAAGUGUUGGAUAUCGGUACCGGUGCAAAUUGCAUAUAUCCGCUCUUGGGAGUUGCCGAAUACGGCUGGAGCUUCAUUGCAUCGGAUAUCGAUGCAGAGGCACUCAACUUUGCGAAGCAUAACUUACAACUCAAUAGCAUGCUUGGACUAGUCGAACUCAGACAUCAGAAAGAAUCUCUGAGGAUGUUUAAAGGUGUCCUUAUGCCGCAUGAGUUUGUGCACCUUACCAUCUGUAAUCCACCAUUUCAUGCGAGCAUAGAACAGGCUAACAUGAACCCACGUGUGAAUACUUCUGGUACGCUGAACGAACUAGUAUUCAGACACGAUGACAUUACAACAUUCUCUAUAGAUGGUACCGAUGCGCAGAAUCUACUCAAAAGCAAAUUUGCCGUUACAGGUCAGGUGAAUUACACUUUCUCCGCUGACCCGGCUGAACAGGGAGAACUUGCGUUUAUUGAAAUUAUGUUGGUGGAAAGUCGAUUUUGUGUACACAAUGUGCUCUGGUUCACUUCACUUGUUGCAAGACUGUCAACGCUCAAACGUAUCAAGAGUCACAUACAAUCUGAUAUGCGGCAGUAUCAUGCAUCUAAUACAAACCAAAUUGCAUAUCUCGACGCCAGAGUAGAUGAUCUGGUUAAGCGACAUGGCGAUUCAGUGGUUAUCGACGACGAUGUUCGUGUCGAGGUUUCUCAGCUGCACGCCUGUGAGUUCAGGACAUUUACCCUGAACCAGGGUAAACAGACGCGAUGGGUUAUAGCCUGGACAUAUUUCAAUGCAGCACAGAGGUACAAAGUACUUAAGAAGUUGUACAACUAA